AUGAGUGAACCUCCGAAAAAAUAUUGUAUUUUAGGUUGUGAUGCUUUAGUUGCACACGGUGUACCCCAACACCGAUUUCCAAAUCCUGAGAAGCGUCGUGAUUUAUUUACUGCCUGGGUACUACCGGAGGUCGUCUUAGUUAGUCAACAAUCAAUACCAACCAUUAAUUUGAAUCGUGUGCAGCAAUCACUAUUAACAUUUGUUGAAAUUGACCAUAGUUACUCCUGUCCAAGAAGAGAAUAUUCACAAUCGGGAAUAUUCCUGGAACUUCUCUAUGUAAAGUGUCAC